GAAGAAAAAAAAAAUCACCAUUCCUCUUACGUAAACUCAGUGGGCACCGGAUUUUUAAAAGAAGAAUCUUCGAUUACUGUACAUUCCGACGACUAAAAAUCCAAACGAAAAUGUUUUCUACCGUAGGUAGAGCUGGUCUCUUGGCCACGAAAACGGUAGUUAACAAUGCCCUAGCCGAAAAAUCUCCUCAAAUCGCCGGAGCCCUCGUGAACAAGCGUGAUUAUGCAGCCAAAGCUGCAGCUGGAAAAGGUCAAGGUAAGGUGGUUGCCGUUAUUGGUGCCGUCGUAGAUGUACAAUUUGAAGACAAUCUACCACCUAUCCUAAAUGCCUUGGAAGUACAAAAUCGGUCCCCAAGGCUCGUCCUUGAAGUGGCGCAACAUUUAGGAGAGAACACCGUCCGUACCAUUGCCAUGGACGGUACCGAAGGUCUGGUCCGCGGCCAGCCCGUGCUCGACUCCGGCUCUCCCAUCCGUAUCCCUGUCGGAGCGGAGACUCUGGGCCGUAUCAUCAACGUUAUUGGUGAGCCCAUCGACGAGCGUGGACCCAUUCCCACUGACAAGACAGCUGCCAUCCAUGCCGAAGCCCCUGAGUUCGUGGACAUGUCUGUACAGCAGGAGAUCUUGGUAACUGGUAUCAAAGUUGUAGACUUGUUGGCCCCCUAUGCCAAGGGAGGAAAGAUUGGAUUGUUCGGUGGUGCCGGUGUAGGCAAAACUGUACUCAUUAUGGAGCUCAUCAACAACGUAGCUAAAGCCCACGGUGGUUACUCUGUAUUUGCUGGAGUAGGAGAGCGCACCCGUGAGGGUAACGAUUUGUACCACGAGAUGAUUGAGUCCGGUGUAAUCUCUCUGAAGGACAAGACUUCCAAGGUAGCUCUUGUGUAUGGACAGAUGAACGAGCCCCCCGGCGCCCGUGCCCGUGUCGCUCUGACUGGUUUGACCGUGGCUGAGUACUUCAGAGAUCAGGAGGGUCAAGAUGUGCUGCUUUUCAUUGACAACAUUUUCCGUUUCACACAGGCUGGUUCUGAGGUGUCUGCCUUGUUGGGUCGUAUUCCCUCCGCCGUAGGUUACCAGCCCACUUUGGCCACUGACAUGGGUACUAUGCAGGAACGUAUUACCACCACCAAGAAGGGCUCCAUAACAUCAGUACAGGCUAUCUACGUACCUGCUGAUGACUUGACUGACCCCGCCCCUGCCACCACCUUCGCUCACUUGGAUGCCACCACUGUGCUGUCCCGUGCUAUUGCUGAACUGGGUAUCUACCCAGCUGUCGACCCUCUCGACUCAACCUCUCGUAUCAUGGACCCCAACAUCAUUGGAGCUGAGCACUACAAUGUUGCACGUGGUGUUCAGAAGAUUCUGCAGGACUACAAGUCCCUCCAGGAUAUCAUUGCUAUCUUGGGUAUGGAUGAGUUAUCUGAGGAAGACAAGCUGACUGUCGCACGUGCACGUAAAAUCCAGAGAUUCUUGUCCCAACCUUUCCAAGUUGCUGAAGUAUUCACAGGUCAUGCUGGUAAAUUGGUACCCCUUGAGGAGACCAUCAAAGGUUUCUCAAAGAUCUUGCAAGGAGAGUACGACCACCUUCCUGAAGUCGCCUUCUACAUGGUUGGACCCAUUGAAGAAGUUGUCGCUAAAGCUGAAACUCUAGCCAAGAGUACAUAAACAUAAGUGAUCUUGUAACUCUUAGUCAUUUCAAAAUCAGUUAUUUAUUGGAUAUAAUAUACCUGUUACAAUAUUGCAUGACUGGUGAUUAGUUCUAGCAAUAAAUAAACUUUAUAAAGGAUA